AAUAUUUGAGAGUUGAUAGCCUAGAAUGAUGACACGUGGAAGGCUCCUGAUUUGCUUACACCUAGGAUGACACGCCUCCAGUUAUUAGCGGAAGCUCCUCCUUUCUUCCCCUCGACCUUCUUCUUCGCGUUCUUCGCGGAAGGAAAGUAAAAAAAAGUUGGAUCUUCAAUUCACGCUAGGAAACUAAUUUGAUUCGGCCCUGAUUCCUCGCUGCCUUGAUUUACACGGAAGGAAAGAAAUCGAGUAAGAGUUUCCGGUGUUGGUCCCAAAGUGGCAAGUUGUGUUGGAGAAAAGUCAGAAUGGAUCUACAUCAUGUCAUUCAUAUGAAUACUCACGUUUCCCAAGUUAAAAAAGAACAGCUGUGACAUAUGCCAGACUAUUGCUAUUUUCAUAGGCGUCCCUGGCUUUCUGUUGCAGCUAGGGUUAAAAAUAGCAGCUCGCCGAUGUUCAUCCAAGAAGUGCUCUGUAUGCUUCCUAGCUUGGGUUAGUAAGAAUAAUACUCAAUUUGAGUUGAACCGUCGUUGCCUUCUUAGCGCCAGAAGUACUCUUUUCUCCAGAAUCUUUGGAUCUGUUGGCACAUUGAAAUUCAACAUAUGUUCUGCUUCUACACUAUUUGGAGCAGCCCUAUGUUGCUUACAAUUAGCAUGUUCAAGCUUUUUUUGUUCAAUUAAACUCCACAUGGACUCUAGAGAUAAGGAACUAAUGGAGUUGUGAUACUUCAACCUAGACGUAUUAAAAUUUCGAGAUUUGUAAGAAUUUGGCGGGAAAAAGGAAAAACCAACAGAGGUAAUUUUUAUUGUUUGAUUUUAUUAUAGGUGGUUUGCUAUUUCUACACCCUAUCUAGCGUGUUGUCUCCAACAACAUGGUAUUGUAUUGUUGGAGACAACAAAGUUAUGCUAUAGCUUUAUGCAUUUCAGCCACAAAGUAUAUAAUGAUCCCCUUUAUGAUUGAAAGAUAAAUUAUCGACAGAUACGAUUUUAUCAUGAUUCAUGAUUGAAAACUAUUAAAGAUAUUUUGAGUAUUAUUGGCUCUGACUGGGAAGAUGUAAUUAUCUAGACCUUUAAUAGUUACAAUAUUUUAUUGACAUUUUUAUUUGUGGUUUGUUUUAAUGACAUUUCUAUGAUUUCCUUUCAGAACUUUGACUGGGUGCAACUCUUUUUUACAUGAUUUAUAACAUUACUGAUAACAAUAGAAGGUACUAUAGUUCACGUGGGCACUACAAAAGGGUAAUAGAGGGUAGCGAGGGAAACUCUGGUGCAAUCCUUGUGAGAAGGUGAUGAACAAUGAUGCUCCGAGGGAAAAAAUUCCACGAAGUACUUUCACGACAUCAAAGACUUUUAUGAGGUUGAAAAGAUUAUUGGACAAUCUGCCAUGAGUGUGUAUCAAGUCAUAGCAAAAUUGGAGGUUUUUUCUGUGUGGAUAUCACUCGGAGCAUGGGCGAAUCGUAGGAAGAAUGAGAAGCGUUAGUUUUGCCUAAACGAUAUGCUGCUAUAUGUUUGCAAUUAAGAGCGACGGAAAUAAGGAAGUUGUUUACCAUGUUACGGUUGAUUAGUUUUGAGUAGAUUGUGGUGAACCAAUGCUCCAAACAAAUUAUUGAGCAUAUUGUAAUAGGUUUUGAAUGAUUAUGGUAACGCAUAAUCGAUGGAGUCUAUCCCGCCAAGGGCGCGAUCCCCUUUUCCCGGCUCCGUAACGGCCAAUCUGCUCCAUCUCCUUCUCCGGAUUGACUCUGCCAGCUGCGCUUGGCCUGAGAUUCCGAUUCGGCUACCCCCAUCGUCCAAUUCUCGCCAAGCCGAUCAAUCGGCCUCUGGCCGUAACCCCGGCCACACUCAAUCACCCCAACCGUCACCGUCGGCCGUGUCUGGCCAUAAACGGCGUCGAUUGAGGAAGCAAUUCCCUUCCUCAACCUCGGUAGAUGAGGGCUCGAGGGUUGGAUUGGACGAAAACAUCAUGGCGCUGUGCCAUUGCCAGAUUACUGACCGGGGAUUCGCCGAUGCUAUUGACAUGGUCGGACCUUCCAUUGAAGUCAUGAGACCUACCAGCACCCAAACCGCCCUGGACGCCCCUUCAGGGUUCUUCACGGUCCAUCUGGCGUCUUUGAAGAAGGGGCUGCGCUUCCCACUCCACCCGCUUUUGAUCGAAUUCCUCAACGUGGUGGACCUUCUUCCGUGUCAGUUGGUCCCCAACUCUCACCGGUACAUCGCCGGUUAUUUGGUCCGGUGCAAGGUUGUAGGGGUGAAACCAACUUUGGACCAUUUCCUAUUCACUUUUAAGCUGACCAAGGGCCAUAAGGAUUGGGCGUCCUAUGCCAGCCUUUCCCAGAGGUCUAGUAAGCUCUUUGCUAGUGACAAGAAGGGGUCGACCAAAGACUGGAAACCCUUCUUCGUUUUCGUCUCGACGGGGCCCGAAUCUCCUUUCACGGGUUCAGGGCGCCCUUCCUUCCGCCGCAUCCCAUGCCCCCCAUCUGAUGCCACCCUUUUGUCCAUCACUCGCCAACUCUGCAAUAAGGGAGUUAUGAACAUUAAAGAGGUGGUGACAGAGGAAACCCUUGCCGGGUUGGGGUUUGAGUUUGUUCAGGAUGAGCUUCGCCACCAACCCGACCUACUGAGGGACAUCCCCGGGGGGCAUCAGCCUGUCCAGCUGAAGGACAUUCCUGAGGAAGGUCUUGACUGUGGUCCUUUUGUGGAAUUACAAGAUUUAGGAGAAGAGAUGGACGACGAUCUCCUGCUCAGUUGCUUCACUGCAGGGAGGAAGAGGAAGAGAGAGGCGAAGGGCCAGGGCAAACGCUCUUCGUCCCACCAUGAGGAGAGUCCCUCCCGAGAGCCGGCUGUAAUUGUAGUGGAGGACCAGGAUGAUGCUACCCUGGAAACGGGUGCGGUGACCCGUCAUUCCCCUCCCCACUCUGUGAGGCCAGGUGGCGACCUCGCUGGGUCCUCGGAGCGACCUCCUUCGCCUCCCGCGGUGACCUACGAGGUGGCGACCGGGGGUCGCUCGACGAGGCUUUGCAUUCCUCCUCUGCCCCAAAGCUUAGGGGACGUGCAACUGGAGACCCUGAUCACCUUGCCCGCGGAGGACCAAGCUCGCAUCUCGGCCGGUUCUGAGGACGACCUUGAUAACAUGGUCCUCUUGAGGCUAAGCCAGGCCACGCUGGGGAUGAUCGAGGUGGUCGGUAGGAGACGGGGUCACCAGGCUGCCUUGGGCGAGGCGUUGAAGACAUCGGAGGCCAAGCAGAAGGAAUUGCAGGAGGAGGUCGCCCGACUCACAAGAGAGCUGGGGGAGAAGGAAGAUCGUUGCGCGGCGCUUGCUGCAGAGAAAACUUCCAAGGAGAACCGCUGCGUCACCCUUGAGGCAGACAAAGCCUCCUUGUCCUUGGAGGUAGAAUCUGUUUCCGCUCGCGUGGUCGAGCUGGAGGGGGGAAAAUCUGACCUGAUCCAGCAGUUGGAAGUGGAGAGGAGCGACCAGGCCCGCCAUGCGGAGGAAGUGGUAGAAUCCUUCAAGUCUUCUCCUGACUUCACGAUGGUCGUGAUGGAGCGAAUGGAAGAACUAACAGCCGCUUGGCUCAAAACUGAACCUGGGGCUCAAUGGAUGGUCAAGGAGGGGACCAAGUCCUUCAAUUGUGGACUCUUCCGCGCCCAACAAGUCUUCCGCGACAGACUGGCCCAUCUCCCCAAAGGAUUCUCUCUCCCCGACCUCGGCUUUCCCCCUCCUUGCCGUUCCUUGGCCGAGUUCGACCCCAGCCCUUACUUGGACGGAGGGAGGUCAAGCGCGUCUGAAGAAGAGGAAGAAGAAGAGGAGGAAGGUGGACAGGGCGACCAGAAUCCAGGAGCCAGCUUAGCCACGUCCAAAGCGGGUGGACAUUCUGGCUCGACCGUCUAAACUCCCCUGUUGUUCCCCCACAGCUUUAUAAACACUUGCUUUUUUUUUCAGUAUGAUUUGUCGUUUUGAUAUAAUGCUCCUAUGUUGUUCGAUUU